UUUACGAAACAGUGGUAAUUGUUUAUAUUUACAACAUGGCGGACGCAAGUGAAAGUUCUCCGUCGGAGAAAGAAGAGAAAAUGACACCUGAAGAUAAUAAUAACGUUGAAGGAGCUGAAGGUGGAGCUAGUCAGGUGAAACCAACGUGUGUCAUUGUUCUUGGAAUGGCUGGAUCUGGUAAAAGCACAUUUGUACAGCGGCUAACAGGGCACCUUUUUAUGAAGAACAAUGCUCCCUAUGUCAUUAACCUCGAUCCGGCUGUACUUGACGUAUCUUUUCCUGCUAAUAUUGAUAUUCGAGACACUGUGAAUUACAAAGAAGUCAUGAAACAAUAUAAUCUUGGACCAAAUGGAGGCAUUAUCACUUCACUGAAUCUCUUUGCUACUCGUUUUGAUCAAGUAAUGAAAUUCAUUGAGAAACGGUCGAAAGAAUGCAAGUAUGUUAUUUUGGACACACCUGGUCAAAUUGAAGUAUUCACUUGGUCAGCAUCUGGAAGUAUUAUCACAGAGGCUCUUGCGUCUUCAUUUCCUACAGUGAUUGUGUAUAUAAUGGACAUUUCACGCAGUGUCAGUCCCGUCACAUUUAUGUCCAACAUGCUCUAUGCCUGCAGCAUCCUGUACAAAACUAAGUUGCCAUUUAUUGUUGUGAUGAACAAAACAGAUAUUGUGAGCCAUGAAUUUGCAGUGGAAUGGAUGACUGACUUUGAGACUUUUGAAGAAGCCUUACAGAAUGAAACUUCAUACGUUUCAAACUUGACCAGGUCCAUGAGUUUGGUCUUGGAUGAAUUUUACACUAACCUUAAGUCUGUCGGGGUGUCGGCCAUUACUGGUCAAGGAUUUCCUGAAUUCCUCAAACUUGUUGAUGAUGCUACAGAAGAAUAUAAACAAGAAUAUCUGCCAAUGUAUGAUAAAUUACAGAAAGAAAAUGAAGCCCGGAUAGAAAAAGAAAAAGAGAAACAACUGCAAAGAGUGAAAGAUGACAUGGCUACGGAGGAUAUCAAAGAAACAUUUGGUAAACCUUACCCAGGGAUUGCAAUCACCCCAGGGGUUGUGGAAAGUGACAGUGAUGAAGAUUAUACCGGAGAUCCUGAUGAUUUUAUUGAUGAUGAAGAGCACCGAGAGAGGGAGUCAUUCCAACGCUUUUUGGAGAGACAUCGAGAGAAACAAAUUGAGAAAGUCAAAAGCCAAAACAACAGUUGAUGGUCUCUUUAUGGUUUUCAUAAAACAGUUUUAUUGGAUUUUGUAUUAAAAAGCUUCAUUUGAUCAAAUUGUGUUGCUAUACUUGUGGAAAAAGUGAGUUUAGCAACUGCAAAGUAGAAGUUUGGGGCUUUUAAUAUUUCUGUAAAUAAAAGUAUUCCAUUUUUUUCUAUUUUG